AUGAAUUCCGGUUAUAAUCCUGGAAAUGCAAAUCAUAUAACAUCACAUUCGAAUAGAACAAAAAAUGGCGUUCCAACGAUUCCCCAGCCAGCCUUGAUGGCACUGAAUGCCAUAUUAACUAUCGGACCGUAUAAACAUAGGAAAGAUUUAAUAAGAGAAUCUGUUCUAACCAAGUACCAAAUAAUUGGUUAUAUUGCAGCAGGAACGUAUGGAAAAGUCUACAAAGCUAAAUCUAAAACGAAUGGAAACCUGAAUUCCAACUCUGCAUUAAUGAAUGAUAAUGUGAUAAGCAUAGGAAACGGUCAAAAGGAAGCAGGCCUCCAAAAAACAAACAAUGAACUGAUGGAAGAUAAAAAUCAACUAUUUGCUAUAAAGAAGUUCAAAAGCGAUAACCAUCUGAAUAAGAAUAAUCAUGAUAUCAACGGGAAUGAGGUUAUUCAUUAUACUGGUAUAUCGCAAUCAGCUAUCAGAGAAAUGUCUCUAUGUCGGGAGCUAAGUAAUAAGAAUAUAACUAAAGUUGUUGAUAUAUUGCUAGAGAAUAAAUCCAUUUAUAUGGUAUUUGAAUAUUGUGAACAUGAUUUAUUGCAAAUUAUUCAGUAUCAUUCGCAUCCAGACGUUAAACCAAUACCAGACUUUACUAUCAAAUCAAUAACGUGGCAAAUCUUAAAUGGUGUCACAUUCCUACACAAGAACUGGAUAUUUCAUAGAGAUUUAAAGCCUGCCAAUAUCAUGGUGUCAAGUUCAGGAGUGGUGAAGAUCGGUGACUUGGGUUUGGCAAGAAAAUUUAACAACCCUUUGCAAAGUCUCUACACCGGAGAUAAAGUGGUUGUGACCAUUUGGUAUAGAGCUCCUGAAUUAUUAUUGGGUGCUAGACAUUAUACGCCUUCAAUAGAUUUGUGGGCCGUAGGAUGUAUAUUAGCGGAAUUGUUGUCAUUGCGGCCAAUCUUUAAAGGAGAGGAAGCAAAAAUAGACAUGAAUAAUAAGAAACUGGUCCCAUUCCAAAAGAAUCAAUUACAGAAAAUUGUUGAAGUACUAGGGACUCCUACAACUAAGAAUUGGCCAACAAUCACUAAAUACCCCGAGUAUUCAGCAUUUCAACAACAUUUCUCUAAUACUUAUCCACCAAACUUAAUUAGUUGGUAUAAGCUAAUUGGAAGAACCAGCAAACAAUGUUUAAAUUUGCUAAGGUGCUUGUUAGAGUAUGAUCCAACCAUACGGAUAACUGCUGACGAUGCGCUAACACAUGCGUUCUUUUUAGAGUUGCCCAAGAUGAGUGAAAAUUCCUUUGAAGGAUUAAGCCAAAAAUAUCCAAAGAGAAGGAUAUAUACUCAUGAAAACGAUAUUGUAUCAAAUCUGCAACAUGUUAACAACAAAAGACAUGGUUAUGAUGACAACAUGACAAGAAAGAGACAGAGGUAA